AUGUUUUCACUGUUAGCUAAACCCAAUCAUAAUUGUAUCAUAAAAUUAUCUUCUACAAUAUGCUUCAUACAUGUAAUAUUUUUCAUCAAUUACAUUGUUACAUUUAAUCCUAUUGUAUUAAGAGAUAAUACACGUGAAAAUGAAAUUGUAUCUAAAGAUUUCCUAUUAAAUUAUAUUCAGUCAGGUUAUAAAUUAUCAUUAUUGCAAUCAUCUAAAGGACGUGAAUAUUUUGAUAUUAAUGAAAAUCAUCAGUUGAUAACAUCACGUUUUAUAGACCGCGAUAAAUUAUGUCUACAGUCUAGAUUAUGUUGUCCACUCGAAGGAUCUACAACAACAGUGACUGUAACAUCAACCAUUUCUUCUAAUACUGGAUCGCCUGGACAUACCAACUUUAUGGAUUAUCAGCAUAAUUAUCUUCCACAUACAACAUCUAGAAACCAUAUACAUGAAUUACCGACACAAUCAAUUUAUUAUCCUAAUUUGUGUUCUGCCAAAAUGCAUGAUACUAAAUCUCUAUAUAAUCCAAUGUGUACAUUUAAUUUAACUGUAUCAGUUAUGACAUCACCGGCUGAGGUACCGGAUACACAUCAGAUAACAAUUAUUAUAUGUGAUGAAAAUGAUCAUGUACCACAGUUUAAAAAUCCUAAUGACCACUUAAAAAUGUUAUCAGGACAAAAUAGUUUUCCAGCAUCUUUCAGUGGACAACCUAUUCUUAUUACAAAUUUAUCUGAAGCAUCUCCAGUAGGAAGUCGUAUAGUUUUACCAUUGGCUGAAGAUUUGGACUCCUCACCAUUCAAUGUUCAACGUUAUGAGUUAGAAAAUCUUGAUCAUUUAAUUACCAGUGAGUCAGAUUUACCUAUGUUCCAACUGAAUUACACAAAAAAUAUUGUUAUUAGUUCUGAUGGACAUUAUCCUUCGCAUUCUGUUGGUCAUGUAUCAAAUGACAGAACAGAGUCGGUUAUUUCAAAACUUGAACUUGUCUUACUGAAACCUCUGAAUCGUGAAGAAAAAGAUCAGUAUAAACUACAGAUUCAUGCUAUUGAUGGCGGUCAACCAUCACAAACUGGUACACUUAUUUUAUUUAUUCAUGUAAUAGACAUAAAUGACCAUGCACCAGUUUUUAACCAAUCAGUUUAUGAAAUUCAUGUCAGUGAAGGAAUUAUAAAUAAAACCAUAUUACAGUUGAGUGCUACGGACGCCGAUGCUGGAGAAAACGCUGUUAUAAUUUAUAAAUUUCCUAAAGGUUCCGAAUGGAUUACUUCAACAUCAUCACUUAUCAGUAAUGACAUGAAGAAUGUAAACCAAUAUCCACCAGGUUAUUGGUUUCAUUUAGAUGAUUCAACUGGUAGACUAUCGAUUCAGCGACCACUUGAUUAUGAAACAAAAUCAGAACAUAUUUUCGAAGUUCUAGCUUAUAAUCCACCUUCAGUUUUAUCGUCACCAAACCACAGAGUAUCUUCAGAUAUGACAGCAACAGCUAAAAUUAUUGUGAAAGUUGAUAAUGAAUAUGAUGAACCUCCAUUUAUUCAAAUUGAUUAUUCUAACGAAAAAAAUGAACAAUAUAAACAUGUUACAGAAAAUUCCAUGAAUUUAUAUUUUAUCGCUUUCAUCAUAGUCACAGAUCCUGAUUACAAUGAUAACAACAAUUAUCAUUCACAUUCUUCCUCUUCAUUGUCUAAAACUGCAUCAAUCUCAUGUAAAUUAGAAACACAUAACGAAUCCUACAGUUUAUUUGAAUCAGAUAAUUACAAGUUGAAUAGAGCAAAUGAAGUAAGAUAUGCUUUGCAAACAAUUAAAUCAUUAGAUCGUGAACUAGGUGAUGAGAAUAGAGUUGUAAUUAGUUGUACAGAUUCGGAUACACCGCCGAAAACGUCGACUGCAACAGUUGUGGUAAAAAUUGAUGAUCAAAAUGAUUGCAUUCCAGAAAUUCAUGUUUCUACAAUAAGUUUGACAGCGGCCAGCACUUACAAUGCAGAUAAAUUUCAGCGACGACAACCUCAUUACAUACCAGUACAACCAUGGUCAGUGAAAAAGUUAACUUAUUUAUUAGAUAAUGAACAAGACAAGCACAAAGUAUAUAAUUCACCUAUAUUUUUAGCAUUCUUAGCUAAUAUUUCUGUAUAUACUGUAUAUAUACCUGAAAAUAGACCAUCAUCUACAUUAAUUGCUCAUUUAAAUGCUAUUGAUAAUGAUUCCGGUGAAAAUGGUCGUGUUACAUUUGAAAUGGUUGAGUCAUAUUCAUUUAAUAAUUUAUCUUCAAAACUAAGCUACUCACCGCAACUUCAACAUAUUCUACUAAAUCAACAUACUUAUUAUAAUAAUAAUCAUAUGAAUGGUGAUGUAAUUGAAAUACAUAGUAAACAAGAAGCAUUUAAUUUAUUUCAAUUAAAUACAACUCAUGGCGAUUUAACAACUCGUCAAUUAAUUGAUCGUGAGGAAAAUGGAAUGAUAACAAAUGAAGUAUUCAUUUUGAUUAAAGCUACAGAUCAUGGUGUUUCACAUCAAUUACAUUCGUUCGCUUUAAUUCAGGUAAUCAUCGUAGAUGAAAAUGAUAAUCCUCCAAAAAUUAUCAGCACGGGACCUACAUUUAACAUUGAGGAAAAUCAGCCAACUGGUACUAAAAUAGGUGAAAUUGCAGUGAUUGAUCCUGAUAUAUUUUCAUUUGUACAACUUGAUGAUAUUUAUUAUCCUGGGUUACUUGAAAAACAAGCUGAUGAUUAUUUUGGAAAGUCAUCAAGUUUCUCUCAAAUUCUAAACCAACAACAACAACAGCAGCAGCAUAAAGGAUUACAAGUGCGUAUUGAUCCAGGACAUGGAAGAAGAGAUCUACCUUUUACAUUACAUGAAAUUGGUAAUGGACGAUACUUUUUGAAUACAACACGCCCAUUAGAUCGUGAAACAGAGGAAGCUUUCCAAUUUAAUAUUAUUGCCACAGACAAUGAACCUGUUCGUACUUAUCAUGAUAUGAAAAAUAAUUAUCCAAGUGCUAAUAUUAUAAAUAAUCAUCGUUAUCCAUGUCAUACAGCUUCAUUGACUGUUAUUGUCAAUGUGAUUGAUGUGAAUGAUAAUAGACCAGAGAUUAUAUUUCCUAACCCAAUUACAUCGAAUUCUACCAUACAUCGUUUAUCAUAUCGUGUUUACGCUGGUCAUGAAAUUAUCAGUAUUAACGCUAAUGAUCGUGAUGCUGAUCAGUUCAAUGGGAAAUUUCAUUUUGAAAUGGUACAUGAUUUAAAAAGCAAUGAUUUAUUUACAAUUGAUCGAGAUAGUGGUAUGUUGAAAACACGUCGUACAUUAACAAAAGAUGAUCUAGGUGAAUAUCAAGUACAUAUAAUAGUACGAGAUGAAGGUCAACCAUCAUUGGAAACACAGUUGUUCUUACGUUUGUUAAUUGAUCAGUCUGAACCACAAUGGUCAUCAGAUAUAAAAAAUAAUAGGAAAUAUCAGUUUAAUGAUUUUCUAUCAUCGUCAUCAUCAUCUAAUCAAAUACACAGUAAUCAUCAUCAUUCUAUUAGAAAUAAUCUUGACUUAUAUGAUAGAAGUCGACAGGAAUUAUACACUACCAGCAAUGACUUACUGACAUUGUCCUUAUUUAAAAAUCUUGAUUCAAAUGUUCUCUUUAUUAUCAUUAUAGUUAUUUUAUUUUUUGUUUUGAUCAUGGUUGGAUUAUGUAUUUAUUUACGACAUAAAUAUAAUUUUCUGCAUUUUAUCCCAGAUAUAUAUGAUAAUAAUAAGUGUUUAUGUUGCAGUACAUGUUUGUUGUCUAGACGUAGUCAAUCAACGUUGUCAUCGAAUAUUGAUGAAAAGCCUUAUUUGAAAAAAUUACUUGAUCAUGCGACGGUUACUACAACGACCACUACUACUGUUACUACUACUACUACCAAUAUAACUGCUGAUUGUAAUAAUAAUACACCGAUAAAAACAGUGAUGACGACAAAUACAGCAACAACAACAACGUUGAAAUACUUGAAUCAUAUUGAUUAUGGAGUAUGUACAGAUUUAUUAAAAUAUAAACAAACGAAUUUCAAUUUGGGCUCGUUAACACCAGUUAGUCCAAUAUGUUGUAGUCAUUCUGUUGUACAUUUACCCAUCUCACACAAUCAUCAUCAACAACAACAGCGAGAACACCGUCUGAUCACUAAUAGUCGAAAUCGUCGACAUGAUGAGAAUCAAGAUUUCUUUGUGGAUUCUGAUGCAUCAAAUGCUCUCGUCACUGAUAAUACUAGUAGUUUUAACAAUUCUCUUUCGCCAUCUCACUCAAAUUAUGAUUUUAAUUAUUUUAGUCGUAAGCACACUUCAUAUGUUACUAAUAGCAAUCAUAGAUGUUGGCCAGUAAAUCCAUUGACUGUAAAUAUACCUAAUAUUGUCAAUGAAACUAAUGAUACAAUGCAUGGCAGUUAUUAUCAUUUUGUUCCGAAUUCAUUUGGAGUAGAAUUUCCCAAUCAAAGUAAAAAGGAUUUCUAUCGUGGCUACAAACCAGGUAAUGGAUUGUUACAUGCCUACAAUGUUGGUGAACAGCAACAAUAUGUUCCUAAUGGGCGUUUAUGUUACAUUAAUGAAUGUAAUGAGACAUCAAAUGCACAUAUAGCUCCGAGAAAUGCAUGGGAUGCUUCUGAAUUUGAAUUUCGACCAAUUAAAGAUAAUAUCAAUUCAUAUCAGACUGCUUCUUUCACAGAAAGUGGUAAAUCAGAUGAUUAUGUGAGACCUCAAGUUCACUCAAUUCAUAUAACGCCUAUCCCAGACAAUGAUCAAUACAUUGAAAAUAGCAGUAGUGUUUGUUAUCCACAGCUUACGUCACAUUUAAGUGUAUGGAAAUCUGACCCAUAUUUGAGUCAAAGUAUGCAUGAUUUGAUUAAAAAGCAGCAUAAUAAAGAAAGCAAUCAAAUAUGGACUGAAACAAAUUUCUACAAUAAAAUUGGUUCUACAUUAGAUGGUAUAAACCUUAUACCGGAAUAUUACGGCACACAAUUAAAACGAUCCAAGUCCACCAGGUAUACCACUGAUAAAGAUUUAAGCAGUACGAAAUUCCAGAGUAAAACCAUGCCCUUUAAUUCAGAUUUUAAUGAUGGGGAGGAUCAAUCAAGUAAACAAUUAAGAAUGAUAACAGUGCAUCCAUCCUCGGACAUGAAAGAUAAAAACAACACAAUUACUACUGGUUGUCACAAUAGCAGUAUUACUACUACUGAUAAUAGUAAUAACAAUAUUCAUUGUACUAAAACUAAUCAAAUGUCACAUUAUGCUAUUUCAUUUCCGACUGUGCAAGCUAGUUUUGUUUAGGUUAUUUGGGAAUUUGGAGAGAAAUAUACACAAAGAGGAUUCGAUAAAACAAUUUUCUAUAUAUUUACUU